AUGGAUAGACUCACAAAAUCUGCACACUUCCUACCCGUUCACAUGAAUUAUAAUCUGGAUAAGUUGGCUACUCUAUACAUGGACAACAUUGUGCGGCUGCAUGGAGUUCCGGCAAGCAUACUAUCCGACAGAGACCCAAGAUUUGUGUCUCAUUUUUGGCAAAGUUUUCAAAAAGCUAUGGGGACUAAGGUCACUCUUAGCACGGCCUAUCACCCUCAGACUGAUGGCCAAACUGAGAGGGCAAUACAGACACUUGAAGAUAUGCUAAGAGCAUGUGCUUUUGACUUCAACAUAGAAAAAGUGACUGCCAUCAAGGAACGACUCAAGACUGCUCAAGAUAGACAAAAGAGUUGGGCUGAUUUGAAAAGAAGACCAGUGGAAUUCAAAAUAGGUGAUAAGGUCUAUAUAAAGAUUUCGCCAAUGAAGGGAGUAGUUCGAUUCAAUAAAGUUGAGAAACUAAAUCCUAGAUAUGUAGGGCCUUUCGAAAUUCUGGAGAAAGUGGGAUCACUAGCUUACAGACUGGCAUUACCACCGGAUAUGUCAAGGAUUCAUAAUGUUUUUCACGUCUCUCAACUGAGAAGAUACAUUGCAGAUCCGAGACAUAUUUUGGAAGCUGGACCACUCCUAGUCGAAGGGAACUUGAAUGAAGAAUUGAAAUAUGAAGAAGUUCUCAUUCGAAUUAUUGACACGAAGGAUCAAGUACUUAGAAGAAGAACCAUCCCGUACGUCAAAGUACAAUGGUCCAAUCACACUGAAAAGGAAGCUACCUGGGAACCCGAGGAAAAGAUGCGCAAGCAUUACCCAUAUCUCUUCGAAGAUCAAGCGAGCUCAAAUUUCGAGGAUGAAACUUCCAAUAAGGAGGGUGGGAUGUAA